AUGGAUGAAACAUACCACUCAAACUAUUCAAACAGUCAUGUCUCACGAACUCUCACAUCUGAGGCCGAUCCUUUGGAUCUACCCUAUCGUCAGGUGACCGAGAACGCCAACAUGGAGGAAUACACGACGGAAACCACCACAGGAGAGAUCAUCAAACCAGUCCGGUCCGCUGCUACAGGGAAAACGGAAGAGUGGAAGCUGGUAACCUUCAGUGUCGACGAUCCCGAGAACCCAAAGAAUUGGUCCAAAGCCUUCAAAUGGUAUUGUACCAUGGUGGUCUCGUUCACGUGCUUUGUCGUCGCUUUCGCUAGUAGUGUUAUCACGGCCGAUAUUGAAGGCCCUGCAGAACAGUUCGGCGUUUCUCGAGAGGUUAGUCUUGUCGUCGUUACUGUGUUCGUUAUUGGCUUUGGUGUCGGUAAGUCUCUUUCAGUACUUUGGCUUGAUAAACUUCGCUGA